CGCCAGAGCUGCCAUCAGAAGUUCUCUUUUCGAUUCGAUUUUGCAUCAAUUUCUUUUUAGUCUUAUCUUAAUCGCUCGUUAGUACCUCCGACUAAGUUCGAUAAUAUUCUGCAACACUCGAGCCGAAUCGCGCAACCUAGUAAGAUAUCACAUGGACCGGCUGAUCGUUAAUCAACCCUCUAUUUUAUUCAACUAAUUUACUUUCUCUUGGACCUCGUUUUUCACAAAUCCGCGUCAACGAUGAUGACCGGCUGCAGCAGAUUCCGGUCGCUUGUUCCGACGAUCCACCGGCUGUUGCUUGCAAAAACUGAACCGUUCCGGAUAGCUACUUCUUCGUCGUCAAUCAGAUUCUGUUCCGCCGCCAUGGAGGACGUCAAGCGGCGCCGGUUGUCGCUGGGGAACCAGCUGGCGCGAUCCUCGCCGAAGAAGGUCUCGUGCAGCAAACUGAAUACGGGUAGCGUGGGCGAUUUGGUGCUGAUCGAGGGCGAUGUGGUGGAAUCGCGCGACUCGGGCCGGUGCCUGGACAUUGUGGACACGACGGGGUCGGUCCGGCUGACGGCGCCGAAUUCGCUGCGGACGCAGCUCGCGAAGAUGCACCGGACGGAUCGGGUUACGGUGGUGGGGCGGGUGCGGGCCAGGCCGGAUCCGGAGCGGAGCGAGGGGGAGCGGACGGGGGACAUUGAGGUGCUGGUGGAGCGGAUCUUGGGGAUGGGGAGGGAUUCGAUUAAUUUGGCGGAGGGGGGGUACGCGAAGGUGGAGUGGCCCGAGGGGUUGUCGGCGCUGGAUGUGACGGAGCAGGAGCGCGGCAAGUGCUCGUCGGAGAGUAUUUUGGAGUAUUUUCGGCGGAGGGAGUACACUUGCGCGGUGUUCCGGCGGCACGAUAUUGGGCGGCAGGUGCACUUGGUUGGGUGGUUGGAGGAUGGGGGUCAUCUGCCGGAUCGGAUGAUGUUGCGGGAUAGUUAUGGGGCGAUUCAGCUGAGGGUUAGCACGAUUCCGGAGGAGCACAGGAACGGGAUUCCGGAAAAUGCUGUGAUUCUGGCGACUGGGACGAUUCGGGCACGGCCGACAAUGGCAAAGGGUCUGCCAACGGGAACCGUUGAGGUUUACGUGGACGAGCUGGAGGUGCUGGAUCCGAACAAACCUUACGAGAAUCCGGUUUCGACGCGUCGACUCAACAUAAACCGUUUUACGGACCGAACCCACAAUUGCGGGCAACUCCGCGCGAGUCACGCUGGCCAGAAGGUCACGCUGUGCGGUUGGCUCGAGUAUGUUCGGAUGAACAUGUUCUUCACGCUGCGCGACGGCUACGGAUCGACGCAGGUCGUCGUGCCGGAAGCGGUCACCAACACGGUCAAGCUGGACGGAAUCCCCUUCGAGAGCAUCCUCAAAGUGACCGGAACGGUCGUGAAGCGUCCGUACGGACAGGAGAAUGGGCAGCAAGCGACGGGCGAGAUCGAGGUCAUUAUGGACAGCGUUGAAGUGUUGAAUCCGGCACGAUCGCGUCUCCCGAUCGACAUCCAGGAGCACAACCAAGCCAAAGAGUUCCUCCGGAUCGAGCACCGGUACAUCGACCUGCGUUCCGCCAAACUCCAGCACAAUCUUCGCCUCCGCUCGCAGAUCAUCAUGAAGAUGCGCGAGUUCAUGAUCAACCGGUGCGGCUUCAUAGAGGUCGAAACGCCGACCCUGUUCCGGCGAACUCCCGGCGGUGCCCAGGAAUUCGUCGUUCCAACCCGCAAACCGGACCACUUUUACUCGCUCGUCCAGAGUCCGCAGCAGUUCAAGCAGAUGCUCAUGUCCGGAGCGAUCGAUCGGUACUUCCAGGUGGCACGCUGCUACCGCGACGAAGCGACCCGCCCGGACCGUCAACCCGAGUUCACCCAACUCGACCUGGAGCUGUCCUUCACGGACCGCCACCAAAUCAUGUCCCUCGUCGAAGGCAUCCUCGACGCGUCCUGGCCAAGUCAACUCCACCCCCUCCAACUGCCCUUCCCCCGGAUGACCUACCAGGAGGCCAUGUCCCGGUACGGCUGCGACAAACCCGACACCCGAUUCGGUCUGGAUCUGCGCGAUCUCUCAACAAUCCUCUCGUCCAACGAAAAAAUGCGCCACGGCGUCGCCACCCCAGAUUUCGGCGCCUUCGCCAUCGUGGCCAAACCGCCCAACGGAAAUCCGAAAACCUUCAAGACGGCGCUCACCAAAGUGCUCAAGGAGUACCCGCGGUGCAAGUUCGCCGUCAGUGUCGUGUCCGACAGCUGGACCGAGUCGUCGAUCGUGAACCUGUUCGGAGUGCGCGAAACCGCAGAGAUCAAAGAGCGCUUGAAGCUCGGAACCGGCGAUUUGAUGCUGCUCGGCUACGGCAAGGCAAGCGAAGCUCAAGAAAUGAUGGGCCGCGUCCGCCUCGCACUCUACACCGAACUGGAAGAACGCAACUUGCGCGUGACCCGCAGCGUCCUCGCCCCGAACUUCCUCUGGAUCGUCGACUUCCCGAUGUUCGCCGCCAACGAGGAAACCGGCCAACUCGAAACGGUCCACCAUCCGUUCACCACCGCCCACCCCGAAGACAUGCACAAACUAAGAUCCAAACAGGACCUCGCCUCGAUCCGCUCGCAAUCGUUCGACCUGGUCUGGAACGGGAUGGAAAUUGGCGGCGGAUCGGUUCGAAUUCACGAAGCCGCCCUGCAGCGAAUGGUCCUGGCCGACAUUCUACAAAUCGAGCACUCGCACCUGCAGCACCUGUUGGACGCGCUCGAGUCGGGAUGUCCACCGCACGGCGGAUUCGCCAUCGGGCUGGAUCGGUACAUUUCGUUGAUUUGUCGAGCAAAGUCGAUUCGGGAGGUGAUUGCGUUUCCGAAGACCAUCAACGGGAAGGAUCCGCUGUCGAAGGCGCCGGUUCGGAUUACCGACGAGGAGAAGCGGCUGUACCACAUAAGGACGGUGGAUGUGGGAGAGGGGGAGGGAGAGGAAGAAGAGAAGGUUGAAUCGUAGAAAGUGUUGAGUAUUUUUGUUGACGCGAUAAAAAGUUUAAUUUAUAAUUGCA